AUGAAUCAAGAAACACAAUCACAUAAUCGUCGUCGCUCAAUUAUUCGUGAAUUCUGUUUAAAUACAUCCACUCAUGCUUUACCCGGUAUAGCUCGUGCUGAAAGUAAACAUAAUCGUAUUUUUUGGUCGAUUUCAUUUAUUUGUUUAAUGGGAAUAAUGAUCUAUUUUAUUGUUGAAGCAAUUAUUGCCUAUUUUCAAUAUCCAACUAAUAUGGAUUUAAGUUAUAAUGAUGAUAAACAACAAUAUUUUCCAGCAUUUAGUUUUUGUAAUUUAUCACCAUUACGUUUUGAUCAAUUUAUAAAACCUUUUCUAAAUUAUACAAAUACAUUGAACUUAACCAAUAUAAAUGAUACAACAACAUUUGUUCCAUAUCAAGCCAGUUUAAUUUGGAAUUUCUUAAUUGAUACAAUUAAUAGAAAUGAAUCUUUGAUACCAUUUGGUUUCUCACUUUCUUCUAUGUUAAUGGAAUGUUCAUUUAAUUAUAAACCAUGCUUAGAAGAAGAUUUCAUUUCGUUUACGUCUCCAAACUAUGGUCGAUGCUAUACAUUCAAUGCAAAAUUAAAAAAUAGUACGGAUGACAAUGUACGUUAUACUAAUCAAUAUGGUCAAUAUGGUGUACUUAGUUUAGUUCUUUAUGUACACAGUCAUCAAUAUAUACCUUAUACGACAGAUUCCGCUGGUGUAGUAGUUAUUAUUCAUGAUAAUACACAAUUACCGAUGAUUGAAACGUCUGGUAUUGAGUUAGCACCAGGAAAAAGACAUCGAUUAAACUAUAGGAAAAAGAAAUCAAAUUUUUUGUCUUCUCCAUAUUCAACUUGCGCAAAUCAACCUUCAUCCGUCAUGAUGGAUAUGUUUGAAAAUUAUAAUGAUGCUGACUAUGGCUAUUCACGCAUGAUCUGUACUGGACUUUGUCGACAAGUAUAUUAUUAUGAAAAAUGUGGCUGCAUCUUUCCGUUCUAUUGGAAUUAUCGUUCCAUUAGAUUGCCGGGAACGAACAGGAUUAUUCGUGCUCCACUUUGUAGAACAACUGAUAGAUGUUACUUGGAUGCUGCUGAAUCUCUCACACAGACUCCGUCACUCUUAGAUAAGUAUUGUUCUGAUUGCUCAGAAGAAUGUUCAUUAACAAGUUUUAUUGUUCAAGUAUCAUCUUCAGAAGGACCUCUCGACUGGAUGAUGGCUGAUAUUAAAGCAUUUGUUGAAGACUCCUCAGUUCCAUUACCGGCGAAUUGGUCAACUACAUGGCGUCAAGAUAUUAAGCAGAAUUAUCUUGUUGUGAAUGUUCUUACUGAAACAACUAUUGUCGAGAUUAACACUCAAUCAGCAGCAAUCAGUCCCAUUGAUGUUUUUUCGAACAUCGGAGGUCAAACUGGACUAUGGCUCGGUCUUAGUUUUCUUUCACUAAUGGAAUUUAUCGAAAUGAUCUAUCGAUUGAUUCGAUAUCAAGUUUAUUUGAUGAUACGAUAA